AUGGGUGAUCAGAGGGUAUUGGUAUAUUUAUGCAGGAACACCGAGGGAAAAUUAGAUUCUGAAGGUAGAGUAUGGGCUGCUCCAUAUCGUUGGGGAAGCAUGGUGAUAGCUUAUAAGAAAAGCAAAUUUCAAAAGCAUAAUUUGGCUCCUAUAGAGGUAAGCUGUCUUUCUAGCUUUCAAGUCUUUUGUAGUCUUUGGCUUUGCAUCCUAAAUCAAAGCUAA